GGCGCCCCGGCGGAGGGCCGCCGCCCGCCCAUUGGCCGGAGGGCCGCUGACGUCACGGGGCCCGCGCCUGCGCCGUGGCGCCGACGGGCGGCGAUGAGGGCGGCGGGCGGCGGCGGCGGCCGCCAUGUUGGAGGCGGCCAUGUUGGAGGCCGGGAUGGCGGCGGCCCAGGAGGACCUGCGCGGGGACGAGGACGAGGAGGCAGGACCAAGCGGCCCUGGCGGCCCGGACCGCAGAACCCCUUCCAGGGCAGCGUCCGCGAAGGGCAGGGAUUUGCUUUUCGAAGAAAACAGAAAAUCCAACAAAAAUACACGAAAUUUUUGAGGAAGAAAAGAGAAUCCCCCGUUCCUUCCGAGGCCCAGUUCACGGAAACCUACCCAGAGCACUUGAGGCAUCUCUACGUAGCCGAAGAAGCCACGCUCGGUGCUCGGCGCCGAAGGGAGCGCCAACUCUCUUCUGGACAGAGUAGCCCUGCAGUGAGUUCCGUUACACCCCCGAAGAAGAACAAGAAGAAGACGUCAAAUCAGAAAGCAAAAGAAGAGUAUGAUAUGAUCGUUGCAGAACGGGCUGCUAGGAAACAGGAGGCUGAGGUAAGAAAACAAGAGCGAGAAGAAGCACGGAAGCUUUACCAAAAAAGGAAAAUGGAAGCAUUCAAAAUAUUGAGUCAGAGGACUAGAAAGGGACAGCCAAAGUUAAACGUACAAAUGGAGUACCUUCUUCAGAAGAUCCAAGAAAAAUGAUAAAAACCUGUUUUGUAUACAAAUAAAAAUAUAUCUCUGCUACUGGA